CAUUAGAAGUGCACUUAGGUUUCCUCAAUUUUGUCUUUAUUGUCAUCAUAUCAUAUGAAGAAUUGUAUCAUGUACCUACCUUCACCGCAGCGACUGAAUUUGUGGAUUUCUCUCUCUGUCUCUCUCUCUCUCUUCUGUUUCUUCUCCAAUAUGGAAGUAACAGUGAGCUCUGUUGUUACCUCCAUAGCUUUGGUAACUUUGCUAACAUGGGCAUGGAAGGUAGUGAACUGGGUGUGGUUGAGGCCAAAGCAGUUAGAGAAGUGGCUGAGAGAGCAAGGUUUCAAGGGAAAUCCAUACAAAUUGUUGUUUGGAGACACCAAAGAGAUGAUACCCAUGAUGAAAGAAGCAAGAUCCAAACCCAUUGACCCUUACUCCGACGAUAUUGUGCCCCAUUUUCAACCAUUCCACCAUCACUGUGUCAAUCUUCAUGGUAAAGAUUACUUUCAAUGGUUAGGCCCAACACCGAGACUAACCAUUACAGAUCCUAAACUGAUAAAGGAGAUUUUAUUUAACUAUGAAGCUUUUCAAAAGCCAGGGAUGAACCCACUUGGCAAGUUAUUAGUGACAGGGCUUCUGGGGUAUGAGGGUGAGAAAUGGGCUAAGCACAGAAACCUUAUCAACCCAACUUUUCAUCUAGAAAAGUUGAAGCAAAUGUUACCAGCAAUGUACUCAAGUUGUUGUGAGAUGAUAAGCAAAUGGGAGGUAUUAGUCUCAACAAAAGGGUCAUGUGAGCUUGACGUAUUCCCGUAUCUUGAGAGUCUGACAGGCGACAUAAUUUCUCGGACAUCGUUUGGUAGUAACUAUGAAGAAGGAAAAAAGAUAUUCGAACUCCAAAAAGAACAAACAGAUCUUACAAUCCAACAAUUGCAGUCGAUUUACAUUCCAGGAUGGAGGUUUUUACCAACAAAGACAAACAAGAGGAUGAAAGCAAUCUAUCAUGAAGUGGGAUCUGUACUACGCAAUAUCAUCAAUAAAAGAGAGAGAACGAUGAAAGAUGAAGAUGAAAAUAAUGACUUAUUGGGAAUACUAUUGAAAACAAAUUUGAAAGAAAUUCAAGAAAAGGGAAAUAAGAAGAAAAUCACGCUAACAAUAGAAGAGGUGAUCGAAGAUUGCAAGCUAUUCUAGCUCACUGGGCAAGAGACCACCUUGGCUUUGCUUGUGUGGACAAUGGUCUUGUUGAGUAAGCAUCAAAAGUGGCAGUCUCUAGCUAGAGAAGAGGUUUUGGCAGUAUUUGGGGAAAACAAACCAGACUUUGAUGGG